ACUCGAGACUCUUCAAAGCUGGGAUCGCGCGUGCCGCCCAGCCACUGAGACCCAAGCCGCACUCCGGGUCCUCCAGGCGUCCGGCCAUGGUGUCGGGCUGAGCGCUCCUGGGGCUGAGAAGCUGAGCCGCGGUGAAUGGAGGGGUCGCUGGAGCUGAGCUCGGAGGCGAUCCUGCGCUUCCUCGCCGAGCGUGGGGGCCGGGCGGGACACUCGGAAUUGGUGCAACACUUCAGGGACGCCCUGGGUGGCCAGCGCGAACAGCGCACCCGCGCCCGCGAGCGCUUCAAGGAACUGGUCAACGCCGUGGCCACCGUGCGCACCGAUCCUGAUGGUACCAAGUAUGUGCAGCUCAAGAAAAGGUUCUGCACGGGGGAGUCCCCCCCACUUGAGGCCGAGCUCCCCCGGGAACCCCCGCGUAUCGAGGUGACCGAGGAGCCUCAAGUCCCGGACCUUGCAGCGGAGACAUGCGAGGGCAGCCAGCUCCAGGAGGCAAAUCCACAGUUGUCUCUCGGACUGGGUGGCGAACUGAGCGACCAAGAGCCUCCGGCCCCUGCUCAAGGUGGGGCCCAAGGUAAGGACUCGCCACAGGAGGUCGAGGCCCUGUCCUGGGAGUCGGGUCCCGGGUCCAGCGAGAACCUUAAACUCCCUCCACAGGGGGAACCUGAAGGUGGCAGUUCCCCUAGUGGGCCAAAUACACCCAGGUCGGCCCGUCAGAACUUUCGGGAUCUGGUGAUGGGCAGCUCCCCGCAACUAAAGAGGAGCGUGGGUCCUGGGGACGGUAGCGCUGGAGGUCGCAGCAGAGGAGGGGGCGACUCCGAUAGCGCAUCGUUAGCUUCUUCGUCCGCAGAAGAGGAGAGUAGCGGCGGGGCCUCGGUUACCUUGGAUCCCCUGGAGCACGCCUGGAUGCUCUCAGCUUCCGAGGGCAAGUGGGACAGCCUAGAAGGGCUGCUCACUUGUGAGCCGGGCCUGCUCUCGAAGCGAGACUUCAUCACCGGCUUCACUUGUCUCCACUGGGCCGCCAAGCACGGCAGGCAGGAGCUCCUGGCCAUGUUGGUCAACUUUGCCACCAAACACCAGCUGCCAGUGAACAUCAAUGCCAGGUCGAGCGGAGGCUACACUGCCCUACAUUUGGCAGCGAUGCAUGGGCAUGUAGAGGUGGUGAAGUUACUAGUGGGGGCCUACGACGCAGAUGUAGACAUCAGGGACUACAGCGGGAGAAAGGCCUCUCAGUAUCUGAGCGAGAGCAUCGCAGAGGAGAUAAAGAACCUGGUGGGAGCCCUAGACGAAGAUGAGGGAGACAGCCCCGCCGCCCGCGGGAGUGGGCGCUGGAGACUUUCAAAGGUGCUCCCAUCACACAUCACUCACAAACUCUCCCCGGUCGUGGAAGACGGAGCUGAACUUCAACACCACUUCGCCGAGGGAUGGGCAGGAGGAAGCAAAGCAAAGGAUUCAGGUCGCAAAGGCUCGGGCAGCUCAAGUGGACGGAUAAAACCAAGGCUCAACAAAAUCCGAUUCCGAACCCAGAUCAUUCACACCACUCCCUCCUUCAGGGAUGCUGAACAGACACUGGAGGAAGGGGAGGAGGAGGAGGAGGAGGAAAGGUCUCUUAGAGGCUACUCAUCUUCCUUUAAACUGAGACCGAAGUCCAAUGUAUUUGGGUAAAAUAAUUCUCACUAGAAAUGCUAAGGCUUAUUUGUCUUCAAGGUAGAAUAAUACUGGGUAUGGCUAAGAAGUGCAAGCAGAAAAGACAAGAUAAAUUAUGCAUUUCAACUUUCUGGCUUGGGGUAGAUCUGUAAUAAUCCUUUCAGGAUAGCAUUCUGGGGCAAGAAAAUGUCUCUGAAGUGAUUCAUAAUGCACUGAUUUGUGCCUCUUCCCCGACCCCACCCUGGUAACCUGGAACUUGUGAGAACUGGAAUUAUUGAUGACUAAGAGUCCCUUUGCUUUUUAAUCAUUAUGAGAUACCAUGCAGAGUAAGGGCCAUGAGAAAAUGCAAAACACAUGGUAAUGCAAACUGAACCUGCUAAUGUUUUUCUAAGUGAAUGAAACUAGAGGCUGCCCUGAUUUUCUGCUAUGCACACUUGCUAAAGAAGGUCAAGGUCAGAGUUGAAAUGUGAAACUACAAAUGAGGAUUAUGUGAAUGGAGAUGGGAAUCUCAUUGAUAAUGUCUUACUUGUAUUGUAAGUAGCAGUUCCCAUUUUUUUAAAAAGCAGUUUUACUUUUAAUCACUGAACUGAAGAAGGAAGCAGCGUUCGCUUUCGAGUUACUGUAAUCUGGUUUGUGCCUAUAUAACACUAUACGGUACAUUAAUAACCAUAAACUUCUGGUUCACUAGAAGAACACAUUUAUUUAAAUGGAUGAGCACAUAGCAACCUAUGGUACUUUUUUAAAAUGUGUAUGUUUUGUUGAUUAUCACCAACUAGUUUUACUACUCUUAAAUUCUAAACAUUCUGAGGUUUGUAUUCUGGGUUUUGUUGUUGUUGUUGUUUUGUUGUCGUUUUUGAUGAAGCUUACAAUACUUAGACUGAUUUACUUAUCACCUAAACCAUUCCUUGUUUAGAAAAUAGCAAAAUAUGCUUCUGUGAAGUAAUUAUUAAAUCAGCUUAAUAUGUUUCUCAUGUAAGAGACAUUUUAAUUUUAUUAAUACAUUCAUAGUCUCUAUGCUUUGAGCAACAUUUUACAAAUGUGCAAAAUACUAAAUCUUUCACUUUUCUUAUGUUUCUUUGUAUCUACUCAAAGAACUAUGGUGUGGUUACAGAAAGCCUAGAUAGUCUGCCCAUUUAAAAAUGGGCAAUUUAUUAUACUUUAUAAAAAGAAAGAGAAAUGGGGCCAUUUCUGUAUUUCAAUGCUGCUAGCUAUUGAAUUUCCUUAUAUAUAGUUGAAAAAUACUAUUCCUUAAAAUUAAAGACUUUUACAACUGUGAUCCUUAAUUACAUUCCAUUCACUUGUGCUAAGAGUAAAUGGCUUUCUAAUUAUUUUAAAAUUUAACUUACAAACAUAUUAAAUCUUAUAACAAGAUCAGAAACUUCUGUAGGGGACUGGUUUGACCAAAUCCUUCUCUCUCAGUCCUUCUGGCCUGAUUGCUGAAACCUAAGUUGUUAGAGCCUCCAACAUAGAAGGCAGAGUGAGCAGCCAAGUCCUCAGAGUAGAGGGGACUGCAUGGUUAUACAGAGCUGCACAGCAGUUUGUUGUUAACUAGCCUCCCCAAGUCAUAGAAAUUUCUAACAAAUUUGUCAUAUCUCAAAAUAGCACUUAUUUAAAUAUGGAUUGAAGAUGCUCAUGAAAUAUAUAAGUUGUGACUAAGGAGAUGGCUCAGUGUGUCCGAGCACUUGUUCUGCGAGCAUGAGGACCUGUGACUGAAUCCCCAGCACCCAUCUAACAAGGUAUGCAUAGUUGAGGGUAUGAGUAACCUAACAUGAGGUACUGAGACAGGCAGCUCCUCAGAGUCCAGUAGCCAGCCAGCCUACCUGAAAGCAGUGACUUCUGGACCAGGGAGGCUGUCUCAAGGUGGAAGAAAGGCAUCGAGGAAGUCACCUGACAUUCUACUGGCUUCAGAAGAAGCACACAUGAGUGCUCCCAAACAUGCUCGUGCCUACACUACACACAAACACACAUACACACAUAAGUUGCUACCCACUUAUGUGCCUUUAUCUUUGUUUUAGGAUUUAAGUAGAUCGUGUACAUUGAUAAGCACUUUUUCUGUACACAUAAGUGAAAAGCCAAUGUAAAAAGCAAUCAUGUGUUCCAUGUCUUAGACGUGUUAGCUAUCUCUAGUGCCAAAUAAGCUUACAGUUCCUCAUCUGGGACUUUUAAAUUCCAUGCUAAGAUAAGGCAACUAUCAUUUAACUUGCUUUUCACACUAAAAGUUUAAAACUAUGAUAAAACAUUAAAUUUUUUUCUGGAGUCAUUCCUGGGCAGGCCAGACAGCUCAGCAGAUGAAAGUGGUUAUCUUACAAGACCUGAGUUUGGCCCUAGAACCCACAAUGGAUGGAGAAAACUUAACUCUUCAAAAUUGUCCUCCAGCCUCCACAUGUGCACCAUGGUGUCUGCACACCUGUACUCACACAGACACACAGAGCUAAUUAGUUUAAAUUUCAAAACCACCGAAAGGAACUCCGGGCAUUCCUUGUCAUAAUGGACCUUGUGCAAUAAAUAUAAACAUUUUAAGCUACUUAACACCAUUCCUCUUUUUUUUUUUUCAAUAUCCAAACCAAGAGUAGAAAAAAUGAUUCCUGUAAUUUGAUAAUCAUAAAGUUGUAUCUCUCAGUAGUGGCAAUAGAUAAAUACAGACAUCUGUUGACAAGAUACUGUGUAGUUUCAAAACAAGUUUAUGUGUCCUCCAGGUACGCUUGAAACUAUGAAUGUCAGUUUGCUUUUAUGGUAUGUAAAAUGCAGCUAACGGGGUACUAGUUUAGUCACACCUGAAAUAUUGGAAUGUGAUGUUUGUCUUUUGUAUUUUUAAGUAAGUGAAAGUUUGUGAGUUUAAGAAUCUGUGAAGUUUGUGGAAAUAA